GUGGAGUCGGUUGUAUAUUCGAAAUGGAAGAAUACUUUUCGGAAUUGAUCGUCACGGCAAUAUCGUUGGUCUGCAAUAUCCUUACAAUUGCAGUAUAUCUUUACGUAAAGAAGCUACGGAAUGUGAUCGGCAAGUGCCUUAUCAGCAGCUUGUUCUGGCUUUCGCUACUGUACCUUGUAAUGAUACUAGACUUCACUGAACUGUUUACAAAUUAUUUAUUUGAAGAGUUCUGUAUUAACUCCAUAAUUUUUACAUAUAAUUUAUGGAACUCUAUCAUAAGCUUUCAUCUGUGGAAAACUUUGAGGUCGCUCAGUGUCGAAGAACCACGUCAUCAGUUCCUGAAGUACAGUGCCUUUGUCUGGGGAACAACUGCCGUCCUGAUCGCAGUCGAUUUUCUAAUCAAAGCAUUUUAUGAUGACAAUCCGUCGUUAUGGAAUAUUUUUAGAGGAAUUGGCUGUGAGCCCUGCUUUUAUAUACUAUUGCUGUUCCUAAAUACAGCAAAUUUGACCAUGUUUAUUCUAACUGGUCUGCAUAUUCGAAAAAUAAAAAAAGAAACAAAAAGGUUUGCUCAAGAUAAGGAGACUAUAACAACCUGUCUUAACUUCGAUAUACAGGAGUACCUACAGCUUCUGCGGAUCUUUUUCAUAAAGGGAGUGUGUUGGAUCCUCAACACAGUAUAUUAUUUUCUAGAUCAACUCAAUUAUGGUUACACAGUUCCUGAUGCUGUCAGGUAUCUUCUUUGCGGUUUCGGUAUUAUAGUUUUUGUGCUUAUCAUCCUCAAGCGCAGCACAUUUAGUUUGCUUAUGGAAAGCAUUCGUGAAAAUCGGAUGAAGCUUUUUGGCCGUGCUCCCAGGGUUAUGAAUCCUGCUUAAAUACUUGUAGCUUCCAGCACUGACAUAUUUUGGUU